CAAUAAGUAGAUUCCAAUUAGGAAACAACUACUGAAAGGCCAAAUUAGGUAACACAAUUCAAAAAUAAUAUAAACUCUUCAGGUUAAUAUAAAUACAUAAUCCGCUCUGUUAAUUUUUUGUAUUCUUUAACCCUAACCUGAUCAUGAAAACGGAGGAAGAAGCAACCGGAAUACAAUCUAGAAGAGGCGGCAAGGGACGUAGAAGGAUCGAAAUCAAGAAAAUUCUGGACAGUAAAACCGCUCUAAUCGUCACUUUUUCUAAACGGAGAAACGGUUUGUUCAAGAAAGCGACGGAGUUACACAAUUUAUGUGGCGUAGAAGCUGCCGUCGUCGCUUUCUCACCUUCAGGCAGGCCUUAUUCUACCGGUAAUCCUUCGUCGGAGUCUGUUGUUCUUCGAUAUCUUAACGGCAGAUUAACUGCCGCGCUGGCGGCGGCGGAUCAGGAGGAAGCGGGAGAAAGAUUGUGCUGGUGGGAGAAGGGGAUUGAGGAUUUGAAAACGGAGGAGGAGGUUAAAGAAUUUAAAGAUGCAUUGAUUGAAUUGAAGAGGAAUUUGGUUUAUAGAAUUGAAGAGUUCAAAAUGCGAUGUGCUAGUACUCCAAUUCUUUUUUCUUAGAGAUUAUUAUUUGGCUUAA